AUGACAAAUACCAAGCGCUUGAGAGACGGUGCAAUUGGUGCCAAUGGUUCUUCCAAAAGACAAAAGACAUUAAUGGAUUUUGUUCGCACGCCGAAGACAACUGUCAAGGAUUAUACCGAUACCACGCAACAAAAGAUUUCGGCGGAAAGUGCUGCUGCCGAGAGUGAAGAGAAAGCUGAGGUUUGUGGCGAUUUGCCCACAGCUGGCAAAUUAGAUAAAGAACAAUUCCGCAAGAAACUGGCUGACCACGAGCUUGAGUUGUUGCAAUUGGAGCUAGACACGCUCGACGAUGCGUGGUUCGCGAAACUGGAGCCGGAGUUCCGCAAGAGCUAUUUUCUAAAAUUAAAAGGGUUCGUUUUGGAGCAACAAAAGGGCUCCACCGUUUUCCCACCUCCUGCAGAUGUUUAUUCUUGGAGCAGGCUUACGACUUUCGAUCAAGUUCGCGUCGUUAUCAUAGGACAAGAUCCAUAUCACAACCACAACCAAGCACACGGUCUAGCUUUCAGCGUGCGGUCGCCAACACCACCACCACCUUCGCUAAAGAACAUUUAUAAGGAACUAAGGGAAAACAACUAUCCAGAAUUCGAAAUCGACGGAAAAGUUGGUGACCUGACGCACUGGGCGGAACAGGGUGUGUUGCUGCUAAAUACUUGUCUCACUGUCAGGGCACACAGCGCAAACUCGCACUCCAAGAGAGGCUGGGAACAAUUCACAAAACGCGUUGUCCAACUCAUAAUAGAGGACCGCAAGACGUCCAAGCAGCCCCUAGUAUUUCUCCUAUGGGGGAACAAUGCAUCAAAUCUGGUGAAGGGACUCCUAGGUAGUGCUCCCGAUAAUUUUUUGGUGCUCAGUUCGGUGCAUCCGUCACCAUUAUCUGCCAGCAGAGGGUUUUUUGGCAAUAAACACUUCAAAAAGAUAAAUGAUUGGCUCUACGCCAGAAAUCAAACCAUGAUAGACUGGAGUGUUGUUCCAGGAAGCUCCAUUAAUGAGAUCGAGAAGAGGAAUCUGGUCUUGGACUUGUAG